AUGAACCUGUCGCGGAGCCUCCCCAUGCACCUAUCCCCGGCCGGCGGCCAGCACGCCCUCCUCCGGCUGGUGGACUCCUGCUGCUCCCCGGCGCACCUCCCCGCCGUCCGCGCCGCGCAUGCGCGCCUCCUCCUCCUCCAGGACCCCUCCUCCCACCCGUCCCCCGCCGUCGCUCGCGUCAAGCUCAUCCAGGCCUACGCCGCCUGCUCCGCCCUCCCGGCGGCCCGCGCCGUGCUCGCGUCCUCCCCCGACCGCAGCAACGUGUUCUACAACGUCCUCCUCCGCGCGCUCACCAGGGCCGCCCUCCACCGCGACGCGCUCCUCCUCUUCGCCUCCAUGCGGCCGCAGGGCGCCUCCUGCGCCCCCGACCACUACACCUACCCGCUCGCCCUCAAGUCCUGCGCCGCGUCGGGGAGCCUCCUGCUCGGCCUCCAGAUCCACUCGUCCAUCGCCAGGACCGGCCUCGACGCGAACCUCUUCGUGGCGCACUCCGCGAUCAGCAUGUACGCGCGGUGCGGCCGCCCGGACGACGCCUACCAGGUGUUCGGCGAAAUGCCGCACCGGGAUGUCGUUUCUUGGAACGCCAUGAUUUCCGGGUUCGCUCACGCGGGCUUGUUUGCCCGGGCCGUGGCGGUUCUCAGGGAGCUGGUGGGGCUGCAGUCUCCGAGGCCUGAUGCUGGGACCAUGGCGAGCAUUCUGCCCGCCAUGGGUGAUGCCAAGACAAAGGAUGUCGCGUUCCUGAGGGAAGUGUUUGACGAGAUGAGGUUUAGAGGACUCAUCGCUUGGAAUGCGAUGCUUUCCAUCUAUGCUUUCAAUGAGCUGCAUGUGAAGGCCGUUGAGCUGUUCACGAGGAUGGAGAAGGACGGGGUUGAGCCAGAUGCGGUGACACUAGCGACUGUUCUUCCUUCCUGUGGAGAGGUCUCGGCGUUUUCGCUGGGGAAGCGAAUCCAUGAGAUUAUCAAGAGGAAAAAGAUGUGCCCUAAUAUGUUGCUUGAGAAUGCUCUCAUGGACAUGUACGCCAACUGUGGAUCCUUGAAGGAUGCCAGGGAGGUAUUUGAUUCCAUGAGUACACGGGAUGUGGUAUCAUGGACUUCCAUCAUUUCUGCAUAUGGUACGCGUGGUCAUGGGACAGAGGCCAUCGACCUGUUCGAGAGCAUGCAAGGACAAGGUCUGGAACCGGAUUCCAUUGCCUUUGUUUCUGUUCUUGCAGCAUGUAGCCACGCUGGCCUUUUGGAUGUUGGAAAGCGUUAUUUUGAAUGCAUGACUAGCAGAUAUCGGAUAACACCAAAAGUAGAGCACUAUACUUGUAUGGUGGACCUUCUUGGGCGUGCAGGAAGUAUAAGCGAGGCAUAUGAUUUCAUCAUGGCGAUGCCUAUCGAGCCAAAUGAGAGAGUCUGGGGAGCCUUAUUAGGAGCUUGUCGGAUUCACUCGAAUAUGGACAUUGGUUUGUUGGCAGCAGACAGUUUGUUCAGACUGGUACCCAAACAGUCGGGAUACUAUGUGCUAUUAUCGAAUAUUUAUGCUAGGGCUGGGAGAUGGGCUGAUGUUAACUCAGUGAGAAGUGUCAUGGCAAGCAAAGGUAUCAAGAAAUUGCGUGGUGGUAGCAAUGUGGAGAUAGGGGAUCAGGUUCACACAUUUCAUGUUGGUGAUAGAUCUCAUCCACAAUCGGAAAUGAUAUACGAGAAAUUGGAUGAGUUGUUAAGAAGGAUCAGGGGAAUGGGUUAUAACCCAGAAGUUGAGGGCGCGCUUCAUGAUGUUGAAGAGGAAGACAAGGAGGGCCAUCUUUCAGUGCACAGCGAAAAGUUGGCUAUUGCAUUUGUUCUGAUAAACACUAGUCCAGGGACACCUAUUAGGAUAACACUGAAUCUUAGAACAUGUAGUGAUUGCCAUCAUGCUGCAAAGCUCAUCUCAAAAAUCACAGAUAGAGAGAUUAUCCUCAAAGACAUCAAUAGGUUCCACCAUAUUGUACAAGGAGUUUGCUCAUGUGGAGACUACUGGUAACAAAGUAUAUGAUUAUCAAACGGUGCAUUCGUAACUUCGGGUCGCAUUGAUUAACUAGGAAAACAAAAGCCUUGGUAGAAAGAUUGAAAUUUCUGUCUUUAACUUGUGUGGUUUCUGGGUUGACUGGGAGGGCAAUUACAUGUGCAAAAUUUCUCACAUAAAUGUAACAUACAUGUGCUUUUCGUAUCCGCUCCGUCAUGCAGGAUUGAUCUUCCUUCUCAUAGCAAGAUGUAUCAGGAACCACGCGAAUCGGUUGUACAGCUUUGGCCUCUACUUGCAAGUCCGAGAGAACUUAACAUAUGUGAUGCUGGAGUGUGAGUUUGCCGCAAGGACAAAAUUACCGGGAAAUUUAUGAGCAGGUUUGAGAUAAGUGCGCCUUCACUGGUGAUUUGAAGGUUGGAUGAGAUGGCGUCUUUAAUAUUGCAAUGUCAAUUUCAUUGCUGACUACGGCCUCUUCAUCGAUGGCGUGCUACAUAUAAGAGCUGUCGGAAUGGCAAACUUGAUAUCUAAAUCUACCAAAUUAUAGUUUUGAUACCAAUCCAGAGGCCUAAUCAUGGCCCUGAUCCCAGCGUGUUGCUUCAUCAUGACCCGCUCUUGUCAUGCCUAAGAUAAGAUAGCAACUGGGUUGUGAUAUUGUAGCGUUUGGUGUGCUCCAUGCUGAUAUUCACUGAGGGCCUUCCAUGAAGACAUAAGUUUGGUACUGGCACAAUCUGCUGACCAAAGGUAAUAUGGACAGGCUAUUGACUCUUCUUCAACCAAUGUGGGUACACUUGUUUUACAAGUAAAGACAAUUUAUAUCAGUACGGCAAUUCUUGCUGCAAGAAGUCCUUUCUUUCUCAAGCUUUUCUCAAAUGGC